AUGGUGCUGAAGGAGCUUCCUGGUAAAAAGUCAACCUCAGAAGGAAACGCCCUCUUCACCGUGACAACCAAGGUCAGCAUGACGACCUCACUGAUGCUCCUCCUUUCAUUGGCUACUGCUCUCACACCUGCAGCUGCACGUCGGCCAAUCACCAACACUACACAGUACUACACACAGGAGAGUCGUCCCCUGCUGAGUCCCUCGAUCGAUGACUUCCUGUCGGAGAGCCGAAGCGACUCCUCCUCCCGCCCCCCCACCUCCAACACAGCAGUCCUGUCCACAGCUCUGGACCUGGUGGACCUCAGCGACCCGGGCGGUUGCCGCGGUAACACCGAACAGACGAGGAGUCCCGUGAGGAGAAAGGGGGGCUCGCGGAGUCCCCGACGCCGGACCAGACCGGAGGAGACGGAGCUGAUCCAGGUGGAGGCGCAACAACUUCCUGCCAGUCCCAUCUCCCUAGACUCAGUCAGUCUGCCGUCUCCUCUGGACAAAUGGGACGAGGUGAUGCUGGACGUGGAGGACGCAGGAGGCAGGACAAGGGACGAUAAGCGCUGCACCUCCCACCACUCCUCCAGCGAACUGCUCUGGUCUGCAGAGUUUAAGACGAAGAACUCCUUCAACGUCCACAGCUUCGAUGAUCUGGACUUCAUACCUUCAUCACAG